AUGAUCGACGCCGGGAGUUCCGUCAACGUCCUGUACCUCAACGCCUUUGAGAUGCUUGGUUUGACCAAGGAGGAACUCACCCCCAUGGCAUCGGCACUCACUAGAUUCACAGGGGAUUCCAUCUCCUUGCUCGGGACCACCAUCCUCCCUGUCACCAUCGGGGAAGAGCCGAAAGCAAAGACAAUAAUGACUACCUUCAUGGUAGUCGGUCUACCCUCGACCUACAAUGUCAUCUUCGGCCGACCGACGCUCAACAAGUUAAAGGCGGUGGUAUCCACCUACCACAGGGCCAUCAAGUUUCUGACUUGGGCGGGGAUCGGGGAAUCCCGAAGUGAUCCGGGAGAGUCAAGGCGAUGCCAUCUUAUGGCAGUUACUAUCCCAGGGAAGUCACGCCCCCGUCGAGUCCCCAACCCCCGCGGGGGACCCAUAGCACCGAUGCAGCUAGAGCCCCCUUGA